CAAGAGGUGCUGCAUGACAAGAAUGUGGACGCGUGGACCACUUCUUCCGAGUUCAAGCAAGAUCUGGUCCAGCUGUUUAGCAAUUCGCAGAAUGAGACGAUGCUGGAGGUCGGGGCGCAUCUGGGUCACUGCACCCGAGUCCUCUCCAGGCUCUUUGGGACGGUGUUGGCCCUGGAAAAUUCUGUUCAAGUGCUGAAGAACAAUGCAGCUCGAAAUGAAGAUCUGCGAAACAUCGUAUACUUGAAGUUCCACAGCGUCAUGGAUGACUGGAGCCUGUUUGCCCAGACGCCGAUUCACGCUGUGUUUAUAGAUGCCGCGCACGACUAUGGCAGUGUGCGAAGCGAUUUGGAGCGCACGCUUGCCCUGCCUCAUGUGCACACGAUUGUCCUGGAUGACUAUGGAACUACAGCUGGAGUCCACAGGGCUGUCGAUGAAGUUGUAGCUGCGGGCUUGGUAAAGGUGAAGUCCUUCAUCGGCCGCGCGCCGCCCUGGUCCUAUGAUGGCAGCAUCAUGAAGGACUGGGAGGGCAUCGUGUUGGAGCCUCUCCCGAGGGAAACAAAAGAGCCGCCAAGCCUGGAGGCCUCCCUCUUGGGGUCCUCUUGGGUCGUCUACCCUGCGGGGGUCUUCACCUCUGGCUACUUUACGCCCCACGGGCUCAUUAGUUUCGAUCGGCUGCACGAGGCUGGCAGUUCAUAUGGGCCGAUGGAGUGGCGACAGGCAACAGACCAGGAGAGUGGUGGUCGGGACAUGCUGAUCCUUCAGCUCACGGAGGAGCCUCGCUGGCGAUUCCAGGCGACCAUCACGGAAGCGAGGACCGGCAUGGCCCUCUUUCGCAACGAUGGAGUCGUCCUGGUUGCCAUUCCCCAGACCAUGGUGCGUGUAAUCGGCGACAAGCUUCUGAGUUACCUGCACUGA